AUGGCCAUGUCUCUAUCACAGAUCCCGCGGCUGCUGUCGCAGUCCAUGCUCUCGGCCACGGUGUCGCGUGUCCGCCCGACUGCGGCCGUCCCGGCGCUCUCCGCGGCCUUUGCUGCGCUCCGCGUUAACGUCCACCAGCAGCCACAGCAGCGGCGCGCCUGCUCCGGCAACUGCAACGCCACAGGCCUGUCCCUGGUUGCCUCACGACCGUCCGUCUCGCUGGUGGCGGCCGCGGCACAGAAGAUCGUGCAGCAGCAGAGGCGCGGCAUGAAGGUGCACAGCUCGGUCAAGCGGCGGUGCGAGCAUUGCAAGGUCGUCCGGCGAAAAGGCGGCAAGCGGCACAAGGGCUACAUGUACAUCAUCUGCCCGGCAAACCCGCGACACAAGCAGCGGCAGGGCUGA